UUCUGUCUCUUCCCCUUCACUCAGUAGCUGCAGUAGGUCAGAAAACCAAUAGUUUCUUCUUCGUUUUAGUCCUGAUCUAAACAAAGGGGAAAAUGGGAGUAAACAAGGCAAUCGACUCGGGCUAAUGUGUACCAUUUGAUUCGUCUCUGGAGAGGGUUUAUAGAUAGAAAUCAAUUCAGACUUUUGCGCUUUUUUUUUUUUAUCAUUUUCAAGAUUAAGUAGUGUACUUAUCUACAAUGGCGGCUUCUUUAGCAGCUAUGCAGCGGCCACAAGUUGGUCCUUCGAAUACGGUUUACAAGAGCGGUCCUCUCUUCAUUUCAUCAAAAGGACUUGGUUGGACUUCCUGGAAGAAGCGUUGGUUUAUCCUUACUCGAAACUCUCUGGUGUUCUUCAAAAAUGAUCCGAGUGUAUCACCACAAAAAGGGGGUGAAGUAAAUUUGACUCUUGGAGGCAUUGACUUGAACAGUUCCGGGAGUGUCGUGGUGAGAGAGGAUAAGAAGUUGUUGACUGUAUUAUUCCCAGAUGGGCGUGAUGGAAGAGCCUUCACCCUCAAGGCUGAGUCGUUAGAGGACUUGUAUGAGUGGAAGGCAGCUCUUGAGCAAGCCCUUGCACAAGCUCCUAACGCAGCUUUGGUAAUUGGUCAAAAUGGGAUAUUCCGAACAGAAGCAAACAAUAUAAUUGAAGGGUCCUUUAAUUCAUGGAGAGAUCAGCGCCCAUUGAAGUCUUCUGUUGUUGGAAGACCAAUUCUGCUCGCUCUAGAAGAAAUCGAUGGAAGUCCAUCGUUUCUCGAGAAAGCACUUCAGUUUCUUGAGACAUAUGGAACCAAAGUAGAGGGAAUCUUAAGGCAGUCUGCAGAUGUUGAGGAGGUAGAACGCAGAGUUUAUGACUACGAACAAGGGAACACAGAUUUUAGUCCUGAAGAGGAUCCACAUGUUGUUGGAGACUGUGUUAAGCAUGUUCUGCGGCAGUUGCCUUCUUCUCCAGUUCCUGCUUCGUGCUGCACUGCUCUGCUAGAAGCCUAUAAAAUUGAUCAUAAAGAAACUCGGAUUAAAUCACUGCGCUCUGCGAUAGUUGAAACAUUUCCAGAACCAAACAGGCGACUACUACUGCGGAUUCUGAAGAUGAUGAAUACUAUCACCUCUCAUUCCCGUGAGAACCGGAUGACUUCAUCUGCUGUAGCUGCUUGUAUGUCUCCAUUGCUACUGCGUCCUCUACUGGCUGGAGAGUGUGAUCUCGAAGGCUUUGACGCUCUGGAAGACAACUCUGCCCAGCUUCUUGCUGCCGCUAAUGCUGCCAACAAUGCUCAAGCCAUUGUCACUUCCCUUUUGGAAGACUAUGGGAAUAUGAUCAAUGAUGAAGGUAUUCAAAGAUGCUCCACUUCUACUGAUUCUCGUAUUGGCGAGAGUGGGCCUGAGAACUCAAGUGAUGAAGAGGACAUAGAGGUUAAACGUCCUGACUUGCACAAUGUGGAUAUAGAAGAUGGCCAAACAGAUGAUGAUGAUGAUGUAAUGCUGAGCAGAAAACCUAGUGAAAGCAGUGGUUAUGCUGGCAGUGAUCUGUAUGACUACAAGGAAUAUGGGGUUGAAGAUUCAGAUGCUGAGUCUCCUAAAGACAUCCAUUGUUCAGUCGAGAGUAGUACAGAGUUUCCCACUAGAGUGAAAAGACAAAUUGAAGAGCCUUUUAAAGAUAUAGAAAUCGCCAGCGUAUCACCUACUGAAAACUGUUAUCAAUCAGGGAGAGAGGCUAUGCCAUCAGUGAGUCCCGGUACCCCUCUCACUGCUCCUAGAUACACAACUUCUGCUGAGAAACCUGUAAACAAAACUGCUGGUUUAUCAACAGUCAGUUCUAAGCGUUCUUCACCCUGGGGAAGAGGCAGCGGCCAAAAAACUCCUGCUAAAGGAUCAUUUGAUGGUUCAGGAAAUGACGAGCUUCUUAUACAGAGGCUGGAGCUCAUGAAAGAUGAGCUGAGGCAACGAAUCGCUAAGGAGGCUAAGGGAAAUGCUGUAUUACAAGCUAGCUUGGAGAGAAGGAAGCAGGCUUUGCACGAACGUCGGUUGGCACUUGAACAAGAUGUGGGCAGAUUACAAGAGCAACUGCAAGCUGAGAGAGACCUCAGAUCCGCUCUUGAAGUUGGUCUUAGCAGUUCUUGUGGACACUUUAGCUCACAAGCUGCGGAUUCUAAAACAAGGGCUGAGCUUGAGGAGAUAGCUCUCGCAGAAGCUGAUGUGGCAAGACUGAAGCAGAAAGUAGCAGAGUUACAUCAUCAGCUUAGUCAGCAGCGCCAUCAUCACUUAAGCUCACUCCCAGAUGCUCAAAGCCAUCAUCAGUUUCUCCAGAAUCACAAUACUCAACUGAAGUCUUUUCAGCAGGACUUUGAUUCCAUUCUUGCUUUCGUUAAUCAAGAAAGAAACCAGAGAACGGAUGAGAGCAGCUUAAGAGCAGAAUGGAGAAACGGAAGAGGAAACAACAGACAAGUACCAGGCUCACCGAGGCUAAACGAAGCAUCCUUAGGCAUUCCAAUGGAAGAGUUUUCACCUGUGAUGGAGUACGCAAGACAUGAGCAUAACCAUCCUCCUCCUGCAGCAUCUGCAGCUCUCAUGGAGCUAACAACUCGUCUGGAUUUCUUCAAGGAAAGACGUUCACAGCUUAUGCAGCAGAUUCAUAAUCUGGACCUCAGCUAUGGUUCUUCCUCUUCUGUGCAUAGAUCGUCUUCUCCACCUUGGAACUAAAGCUCUUUAAGCAGUUUCUCCCCUCCCGUCCCCCUCUUUUAUCCAUGUAAUCAGAAAAAAAAUAUGUAUAAAGUCAUCAUCAGCCUUUGCAGACUCAUGCAGGCAUGCUUGUAAAACACCGGUUUAAUGCCAAACCGACUAUAUCUAUCUAUGGACCAAAAUGAUGAGAAGUUGUUUGCUCGUACGUCUUUGUUAGUGUGAUUUAUGUAAGAUUUUCAAGAAUUAUUGAGGUUUUGUAUAAGUUU